CAUUCUGUUCCUUGGUCACCACUUCUUAAUACUGCCACCGUCUCGUUCUCCUCUCCCUCUGACUGCCUUUGCAUGAAUCUGCAUGCCCUCCACUGGGGUUGUGGGGGCAGAUGCCAGAUGUCAGUGGGCUGCAGUUUGAACGGGGAGCGGAAGUGGAAUCAGUGGGUGCCCACUACAAUUUCUCGGACAGUUUGACUGUAAGAGAAAGUAAGGGGAAGUUAGCUUGCAUGGAAAGCGAGCUAAAGGAAAGGAUUCCCAUAGGAUGAAGAGACUUGGAGAUGCAGGUUGGUGGGGGGAAGGGAGAAAGGCCAUAAGGAGAGAUGUUAAAGAUGAGGGGGUGGCAGUUUUGGCUUUAAGAGUCCGGAAAGGACCAGCCUAGCACAUUCCUGUAUGGCAGGAAGGAGCUAAGAAUGGCCAAGGAUAUAGAUGGACAUUCAGACUGAGAAGUUUCUGCAGACGUUGAGAAUGGCUAUUUCUCAGGGAUGAUAAAAACGUUUUGUGAGGUUGCUCUGACCAAGUUCUCUACACUUGAUCACCUUAUGCAUGGUUCACCAUGAUGUACAACGAACAGAUGGUGAGCAAGAAGCACGAGCUUUUCAGCAAUCUGCCGGAGUUUGUGGGUCCCUCCAGGAAGCUCUCUCUGCUGGAAGUGGGCUGCGGCACCGGGGCCAACUUCAAGUUCUACCCGGCUGGAUGCAGGGUGACUUGUAUCGACCCCAACCCCAACUUUGAGAAGUUCUUGAUCAAGAGCGUCGCUGAGAACCGACACCUGCAGUUCGAGUGCUUCGUGGUGGCUACGGGAGAGAACAUGCAGCAGGUGGCCGAUGGCUCCGUGGAUGUGGUGGUCUGCACCCUAGUCCUGUGCUCCGUGCAGAGCCAGGAGCGGAUCCUCCAGGAGGUGUGCCGAGUGCUGAGGCCGGUGAGUGAGGGGGAGGUGGAAGGUGGCCAUCUCACUGUGAGCUAGGCUGGAUGCCUCUGGGCUUCAGGCAUAGCUUCCACUGAGGGUGACCUUAGGCAAGUCCCUUCACUCAUUCAUUUAUUCACUUAU